UGACACGACAUCAAACUCGACCAGACAGCGGCAAAGGGGAAGUAAAAUCAAAAGGAAAAGAAAUUACAAAGUGGAAGCCGUUGGAAAGCUAUGGAGGUCGAAGGCGAAGACGGUUCAAGGAUUGCACUACAGAAUGCCCCUAACCACAAGACCUUUUUUGGACGAGGCUUAGGUUUUCACACCGACGACAGAACCGUGUCUCGUCGUCACGUUCUGUUUGAAGUUAAAACCUCCGACGACAAAAGCCGGAGCCAAACGGGGACUACGGUUUCGUUUGAGGUUGUUGGGAAGAACCCCAUUUGGGUGAAGAAAAGUGGGUGUGGAGAGAUCAGGGUUCAUAGGAGCGGUGAGAAGGGUGAGGUGGCUGCCGGUGAUUGUUUCUGCUUGUCUGGUAAGAGGCCUGUUCGGUUCAGUGUCCGGGGAAGGGGAUUUGGAGCGGCAGAGAAGAGGGUUUUGGGUAGUGAGGAUGAGUUGGAUGCAAGUUUGACGAGUGGGUUUGAAUUUGGUGGGAUUGAUGUUUCAGAGAUUGACCCUGUUAAAGUAGCUAUUUCUGGCAUGGAUACUUUUUUCUUUUGCAAAGUGUGUAUGUAUGUGAGCAUAUGCAUAUGGAGACCCUGUGAUACCUACAACCUAUUUUCCACGCUGAAUUGUGAGUUUGGUUUUCUUGUGAUGGGGCAUGAGUUUGAUCACUAUCCCAAGCAAAUGAUCCGGGAUAUAAAAAAUUGGGACUGGUUUCUUGAGGAACCUGGAAGAGAUAGCGAUGACGAUGCAUAUCUUGAGAAGAAGGUAAAGAGGGGUGUGAUGAGAAAGAGAAGGAAAGCUGAUGGCAAUGAUGAUGACAAUUGGACUGGCGAGAGUGGUGAUGACGGUGAGCUUGUUGCAAAACUGAGAAAGGUUGAGAGACCUAAGUAUCCCACAAGAUCAAAAGGUGCAAAAGCUAGCAGAGAUUCUGCUCAAAAGAAAGCUAUAGGUGAUGCAAAUGAUGAUGAUGAAACACUUGGAGGCUUUAUUGUUGAUGAUGAUGAUGAUGAUGUGGAACAAGAAGAAGAAUCUGAUGAAGAUGAAGAAGAGGGAGGAGAAGAAUUAAUUGAAGAUGACAAUGACUGUGACCAAGAAAUAGAUGAUUAAUGUCAAUAGAAGGACCAGGUACAUAAGUUUGGAAAUGAUACUCGGGAUGAAUAGUUGCUGUCAAUUUCAAGGGAGGAAUAGUUUCGUAUAUGUAGUUUGUUUUGCAUCAUGAUUAGCUUGUCUGAGAAAGAAUUUCAUUUUAUGUUGUAAAA